AAACACUGCAUUUUAUUGGGCAAAACUCCUAGGUACCUCUGGUUGCGGUUAACAUGUCGUUCUGAUACGGUUUGUUGAUUUAUCAGUGAAGGGACAUUGAAUUUGGAUAAGAAUUACGCACAAUACGCAUCAAUGCAAGAAGUGCAUGAACGAAGUCGCAGUCACACGGAGUGUCACAGCGCAGGAGCUAUGGUUGUUCGCAAAGUUCUGCAAGUUUGUGUGGCCAUAAUGUAGCUAAAUCAGGGCUAAGCAACUGUGCACAAAGUUCAUAUUCGUAGGAGCCUUUAGAAAGUGCAACUGGUAUAUUUUCUUCUUCGGCUUCACGCAGCUCAGUCGGGACCUCCCGUAGAAUUUACGUUGUAUUCCGACUGUUGACAGAUGUGAAAACGUUGUAACAUUUUAAUCAUUUCGAUGUUACCGUUUUCAGUGUUGACUGUACGGCUAGCCUACAUGUUAGGCUGUGAUUUAGUGAAUCUAAUCUCCAAAUGAACCCCACUGUAGGUCUACUGUAUACCGCGUCUAAAAUAUUGCUUGCACGAUUUAGCCAGAAAGUUGUUUAUCUUGAACAUGUGCAGUCUGCAUAGAGCAGUUUGUUGUUAUUACUGUAUAGCUCUCCCUGCCAUGUGUUUUAAAGCUCACAGUCUGUAGGCCCGCACACCAUGAAAAGGAACCUGUACCCACUACCCCUCCCAAUUUCCCAAUGCCUCACAUUAGUGUGAACACUGAGUUACUUUCUCUCUGUGUUUGGCCUAUUAUCAGCCCCUUGGGCCUGUUGUAAUGCCAUUGGAGAGUUAACCAUUAUCUCCUAGAUAUUGAUGAUAGGAAUGAUAAGAGAAGGAUUAUGCUUGUUAUUAGAGAGGAGUGUGGAUCCUGCGGGAGAUUACUGUACAAUCCUCCCCAGAUUACUGCGGGCAGGAGGAAUCGAACCAUGGAGGAGCUGGACCUGAGUCUGAUUGAUGCCCUGACGGACAGCGUCCCCCGGGAGGGUCCAGAGGGCCUGGUGGGGAGAGACUUCGUGGCGAUGCUGGAGUCCGAGGCCUUCGUUGACCAGGUGGGCGAGAAGGUGGGCAAGACAGACUACAUCCUCCUGAUGGACAAUGAUGGGACCAGGGCAGAUGCCAACCCUGUGUUGGAUAAUGGCAAGCAGGACGCCCAAGGGGCACAACAACCUGGUUCUAAUGUGACACCGGGGGGACAGAUAUCAGCUUCGCGCCCAGAACCACAGGGGGAAGUGCGUCCCAACUCGGCAGAGCACCAGGUCUUUGCAGCAACAGAUUUCCUCUCAGGCUCCAUGGCGGGCGUCCCUGAUCAGUGGAGCUCCCAGCCCAAUCCCGCCCGGAUGAUGGAUAGUGGACUGAUAAGAGAUUCCUCAGGUUUCUCCCAGCAUGCCAUGGGGCUGAAUAUGGACAUGGGGAUGGCUCUACUGUCAGCAGAGAGGCCUCCCAGCAUCGCUGAGCACCAGACGCCCAAAGACAUGUCUACAGGUGCCCUGGACGAUGGCUGGACAGACAAGGUUCGCAUUCCCACCGACCUGCCGUUCACCCCAAGCUUCUCCACAAUGAUCAGUCACCAUGAAAGCCACCUGGGGGCCAGCCCCGAGGACGUUCCUGACUGUGGCUGGCCCCACCAAGAGGCCUUGGCCAUGGGGGAGGAGAUGGAGAGCAACGAGGGAAAUGACUGCAAACAACAACAACAGCAGAAGAAGAAGAAGAAGAGGAGGCCCCGAGACGAGGUGUACGACAGGGGACAACCGGAGACUCAGGCUGAGAACACAAUCACGUCAGAGGGCCACCACGGGGUCACCCCCUGCAAGGACAGGGACAGGAUGGUGGGGGGCUGGGAGCAGGAAGAGCCAGGGAGGAGUGGAGGCAGGGGAAAGAGGGGCAAGAGCAGGAAGAAGCUUCCAGAAGAGUGGGGGUUUACAGCCGAGCCCUUCGUGCCCUCCUCUGCCGCUCACCUCUCUGAGGGGGUGUUAGACCAACUAGCGCCCCCCAUCGUCCACCGCCGGCGCCUGGAGAACCCCUGCUCUAGUAUGGGUGACAUGGGGCUGAUCCCUGCCAGUGAAGACCUCUUCCCUUCAUCUCUCACCCAGGAUCUGCUCCCUCUCAUGGCCCCAACCUCCCCUCCACCUGCCAUGAGCUGCGAUCACCUGCCUACCACCCCCGUCUCUAUCCCCACCAGUCAGGGAGACUUCUCGCCCAGAGGCACCUUCCCCACGUGUCCUGGAGACCCAUUCACCGCCAGCUACCAAGACCUGCUUAUGGAUACAGAGACUGCCAGCCUGGGUAAUGACAAAGAGGCUUUCUCCCCAGCUUUUUCCCUAGAUUCCCUAGUUCAUGAGUCAGGGGUCAAAGUGAUGUUUGAUCAUGACACCUCAAUGCAGGAUGUCCAUAUUGAAGAUGCCGUGAGUUUUAGCCCCACCCACCAACCAGAUAGUGGCCUAUCACCAUUGGAGAAGCCUAGUGAGCUCACAGCGACCGCACCCCCUUUCUCCCCCUCCGACAGCUCCUGGCUCAUCAACGACUACCACUUCAACAACAACUGCUUUGAGUUCAGUGACAUCACUCCAGGGCACUCCCUACCUGUGGGCCUGGCCUUCGACACACCCAGCCCAGUCCCGCUCCGCUCCCCCAAAACCGUGCCUGAAUUCUACCCCAGGGGGGGCAAAAAGGCCAAAUCCCCAUCACAGAAGAUACCCAAGAAGUCUCGCUCCUCCUCCUCCUCCUCUUCCACCAAAAGCCCCACCUCACCAGGUUCCAGUCUGAACCCCACCGCCCAGUCCUUCUUCCCCUGCUUCACCAACCCCACAGAGCCCCUCACCGUGGUGGUGGCCCCAAUGUCUGAAGGUUUGUUGCAGUGGCGUGUGAUGUUCACCAGGAGGAUUAGAGGAGUCGACCAAUACCUUUCCUCCUCCUUCCAGACCGAUCGGGCCAUGAUCGCCUACAUCAUCUCUCUACUCUUGGGUAAGGCCCUGGUGUGGGCAACGGCGGUAUGGGAACAGCAGCCACCAUUCUGCAGCUCCAUAUUGGACUUCAUUGCCGAGCUUCGACGAGUCUUCGACCACCCAGUCGUAUCCCAGUUCCCUGAGCACCACAAGCCCCCCGAACCCAGCAUUGAGGAGCCCAUGCAGCUGGGACGCACACAUCUGAGCCUACAGAUUCAAGCCCUCGAUGGACAGCACAUUGGCUCCAGUCAAGUGGAAUAUCAGACCAAGCCCAUUCUACUGCAGGUUGGGGGGAACCACUCAGAGACUCUUAGAUUUAUUUUGAUCACUGCUCCCGUGAACCCCCUUAUCCUAGAGGUGGACGCCUCGGACACCGGAGCAUUGGUGGUCCUUUCACAGCGGAACGAGGACAAGAAACUGCACCCAUGCGCCUUUCUCUCCAACCGGUUCUCGCCACCGGGACACAACUACAAUGUAGGAAGCCAAGAGUUUGAAUUCGAUUUCGAUUUCACACUAUCCAAUAGCCUGGGAUCCAAGAGUCAGAAAGCAGACGACCGCCAACAUGAUACCUCUAACGAGGAGAGGGACUCCAAACCCAUCAUCCCCAGCUCCCGCAUUGAGGCUCCUCUGAUAUGGAGGGUUAAUCGGACACGGGAGUUCCUGAGGUGGAAAUUCUGGUGGCCCAACAUGAUGGACUAUAUGAGAUACUUUGUUGUGGCCUGUUCCAUCUGUGCACAAAGCAAGUCCUCACGACAGCGACGGGCUGGGUUGCUCCAACCUCUGCCCAUCCCCAGCCGGCCCUGGUCUCACCUGUCCGUAAACUUUAACACAGGGUUACCUCCAUCCCAAGGGCUUACCACUAUCCCGGUGGUCGUUGAUCGGUUCUCCAAGGCAGCCUAUUUCAUUGCCUUACCCAAGUUGCCCUCAGCGAAGGAGACCGCUGAUCUCAUGAUUACCCAUGUUUUUCAACUACAUAGACUUCUCCAGGACAUUGUCUCGGAGCGUGGCCCCCAGGUCGUCACACGGUAUUGGAAAGCCUUCUGCUCCCUGUUGGGAGCGUCGGUGAGUCUCUCCUCGGGAUUCCACCCACAGUCGAAUGGGCAAAUGGAGCGGGACAACCAGGAGCUGGAGAAGUUCCUCCACUGUUUGGUCUCCACCCAGGCCAGCAACUGGAGCAAGUUCCUCUCGUGGACGGAGUUUGCUCACAACACACUGCCAAACUCGUCCACUGGACUGUCGCCGUUUGUUGGUCCCUCCGUGGCCCCUGCCACCCAGGCCUGGGACUGGCAGCAUGGAGACAUGGGGCCCCCCAGGAGUUUCGGAGGGGCCACAGGACUCACAGAUGAGGACAAGCUGUGCUUCUUUGACCCUCCAGCAGGCGGUGGCAUGGAUGCGGAUCGUAAUGUACCCAGCAGGGGGGGCUUUCCUGGGUUAGACAGUGCCGGGGAGAGUCCAGAAAGCCCAGUGUCUUCCUCCCCCUCCCCCAUGGGCUAUGGGAACAACGGUGUUCUACUGCCCACCGUACCUGGUUCCCCAGCCAGACGCAUGGACAUACCCUCACCCUCUAGCUCGCUAAAAUCAGGCCCAGACAGCACCGGAGCGUGGAACCCCGAGACCCUUCCACCCCAGAAUACUGGCGUCACUAAUUAUUGUGUCAUCGGGGUUGUCAAUGACAACUACCUGGAGAGGGAGGACGAGGACAGCAUGUCAGCACUAGGUGGCCGUCAAAUGGCCGAGGGCUCCUCGGAGGAGAAUGAGGAAGAAGAGGAGGAGGUGAAACUUGAGCCGUGUUUCAUGGGACGUGCUGAACAGCAGCGGAAGGCCAUGCGUCGGACCAUGUCUGAGUGUUCCCACCUCUCAGUACCUUCUAGCCUGGAGCUGCCUGACCAUUACCCUGGUGCUGGGCUGGACGAGCUGACAUCGUCCAUGGGCGCCCCGCGCCGCUCCCACCACUCGACCAUGAAGCGCUCAAUGACGGUGGCGGACGACCAGGCGCCCCCCACCCUGUCCGCUGCAGGCGCCACCCGCUCCGACCUGAGGCAGGACCAAGACCCCACCUUAAACCUCUUGCCCUUCCCCCCAAUGAGAGACUGUGGGGGCACCUCGCCUCUAGAGGGCAUCAUGGAGGGGAUGGGGGCAGACAAGGAGCAGGACGUGCUGCUGCCUGUACCCCUCAGCAGUCAGGCCUUGAACGGGACAGGCGCCGGCCUGGGCAUGGGCACCAACCUUGGCACCGGCUUUGGUGAAAGCAUGGGUACCAACCCUUUCACCACAUUGGAGGUAAAAUCCAAUAAGAUGGACAAACCAGAGAAAGAGGAGAAGAUGGACAACUUCGAGAAGUUGGACCAAUUUAAGAUGCUCGAUAAACUAGACAAAGUGGAGAAGAAGGAUACAACUGCGAAGACUGAAGCGUCAGUGAAGGUGGAGUACACAGUCCCACUGGACAAAGAGGAGAAGAUAGAUAAAAUGGACAAGGCAGAGAAAACAGAAAAGCUGGAGCCAACAGAUAAGGCAGAAAACACAGAUAAAGAAGAAAAAUCAGAGAAGAUGGAUAAAAUGGACAAGAAGACUGACAAGGUAGAGAAGAUGGACAAGGUGCAAAAGACCGACAAAGAAGAAAAAACUGAGAAGAUGGAUAAGGAUGAGAAGACUGACAAGGUAGAGAAGAUGGAUAAGGAUGAGAAGACUGACAAGGUAGAGAAGAUGGAUAAGGAUGAGAAGACUGACAAGGUAGAGAAGAUUGAUAAGGUGGAAACACCUGAGAAGACAGAACAGAAAGAACAGAGUAUUGAAAAAGUGAAGACCCCAGAAAAACAGGAGACAUCAGUUAAGUCGAACACAUUUGACAAGAUGGAAACACAGUCUGACAAGGAGAAGACAGCCCAUGUUGGAAAGGUAACAGUAACAGCUGAGAAAGAAACAGACAGAGCAGAGAAGCCCACAGACAAAGUGGAGGAGGAGAAGACAGAGAAAACAGACAAGGUGGAGGAGGAGAAGAAGACAGAGAAAACAGACAAGGUGGAGGAGGAGGAGAAGAAGACAGAGAAAACAGACAAGGUGGAGGAGGAGGAGAAGAAGACAGAGAAAACAGACAAGGUGGAGGAGGAGGAGAAGAAGACAGAGAAAACAGACAAGGUGGUGGAGGAGGAGAAGAAGACAGAGAAAACAGACAAGGUGGAGGAAGACAGAGAAAACAGACAAGGUGGAGGAGGAGGAGAAGAAGACAGAGAAAACAGACAGGGUGGAGGAGGAGGAGAAGAAGACAGAGAAAACAGACAAGGUGGUAGAGGAGGAGAAGAAGAAGAAGACAGAGAAAACAGACAGGGUGGAGGAGGAGAAGAAGACAGAGAAAACAGACAAGGUGGAGGAGGAGGAGGAGAAGAAGAAAAAGACAAAGAAAACAGACAAGGUGGUGGAGGAGGAGGAGGAGAAGAAGAAGACAGAGAAAACAGACAAGGUGGAGGAGGAGAAGAAGAAGACAGAGAAAACAGACAAGGUGGAGGAGGAGAAGAAGACAGAGAAAACAGACAAGGUGGAGGAGGAGAAGAAGACAGAGAAAACAGACAAGGUGGAGGAGGAGGAGAAGAAAAGACAGAGAAAACAGACAAGGUGGAGGAGGAGGAGAAGAAGAAAAAGACAAAGAAAACAGACAAGGUGGAGGAGGAGAAGAAGAAGACAGAGAAAACAGACAAGGCGAUGGAUGAGAAAUCCGAGAAAAAAGAGCUUAAAAGUCCUGAGAGGAAAAUGGACAAGAUAGCAGAGGCAGCUGAUAAGGCCCAAAAAACUGCAAGUAAACCUUCAACCAAUGGGAGCGGUGCUGCACCAAGCAGGGACCUGCCAAGUCCAGACAAGAAGACCAAGGCUGUUGCUGGGGCAACCAAACCGAGCGCUGCUAAGCCGCGGCCGAGCUCGGCAGCAUCCGUCAGUGCUGCCGCCCCCAAACGCCCCACCCAUUCCUCCACCUCAGCCACACUCAGCAAAAAAACGCCCAUGCCCAAGGCCCCCACCCCCACCACUGCCCACAAGCGACCCUUGUCCGCAGCCAAACUCUCCACAUCUGCCGCCGCCACCUCCACCCCUGCGCCCCGUGAGGUCAAGUCUAAGACCACAGAGAGACGUCCUCUAGUACCAAAGGCGACCACCACCUCCACGGCUCCAAAUGCUGCCCCCAAAAACGUCUCUGCUACCACGGCAACCAGUAAACCAGCCAUGGCACCCCGCACCGCCACAAGCACACUCGCAACCAGACGCCCCCUGGCAUCAAAGACUGACAGCAGGCCAGGAGAGGAAAUCAAGCCCAGCACUCUGAAGUCAACAACAGCUGACUCCACCCGGCCCCGUGUCCGCCCCACCACCACCAAACCAGCCCCCGCCCCCUCCUCCACAGUACCAGAGAAGAAGCACCCUGGGCCCCGUGUCCCCCGUCCCACCUCUAACACCACCUUGGGCAAUGUCAGCGCCUCGGGGACCACCUCCCACCCAAGCACAGCCCCCGCACCUGACAUCCGCAACGUGCGCUCCAAGAUCGGCUCCACGGACAACAUGAAGUACCAGCCCGGAGGGGGGAAGGUCUCUGGCAGGAGCGACGCCCUGGGCCAAGGCUCCUCCUCCAAAGAGACCAGACAGGCCAAAGUUCAGAUAGUCUCCAAAAAGCUGGACUUCAGCCACGUCACCUCACGCUUGGGUUCCAAGGACAAUAUCAAGCAUGUUCCUGGUGGAGGGAAGGUUCAGAUACUCAACAAAAAGGUGGACUUAAGCAAAGUGACAUCAAAGUGUGGCUCCAAGGCCAACAUCAAACACAAGCCUGGGGGCGGCGAUGUGAAGAUCGAGUCCCAGAAAGUGAACUUCAAGGAUAAGGCUAAGUCCAAAGUGGGUUCAAUGGACAACCUGUGUCACGGGCCCGGCGGUGGCAACAUCGAGGCUGAGGGGGCCCAGGAGAUAGCAGAGGGGAAUGAGGUUCCCCCCAGUGAUACCCCAGUUCCAGCCACGGCGCCAGGACAGGCAAGCAGCCCCUCCCGGGAGAAUGGGGUAAAGGAGGAUGCCCCCUGCCGGGGCCUCCAUGACCCCCAGGGCCUGGACUCAAGUAUCCCUGAGACAAAUUGAGUCUUUCAAGCUCAACUUCUGCUAGAUCGCCUGCUCUCGCACGGAUCACGGCGCCGACAUCAUAACCUGGCCAGCCCCAGACAACAGCCCCUCACACCUGCAACCCAGUGUCUCUCUCAAUGACUUCCUGGCCUCUGCCGGCUACCCCCAGCCCCCUCCCUCUUCCCCCUCAACGGCACACUAGCAGGACUCGGAUCAUGACCCUCAACCCCACACCCCAGUUCCAAACACCUCACCCUUCCUAUGAUCUAAUUCAUGUAUCAUGUUAUUACGCCUACCCUGUGCUACCGACCUACCGCUGUCCUGUUCCCAUUGGCUGAGCUGACAUUGUACAUACAGUAGACCAAGCUUCGGGCAGGGUGGGAUAUCAAUGGGAGGGUAACGGAGGCUUGCCAUGUUCUCUCUGAUUUGUCUGGUUGUGCUAAUCUUGUAUUAAUGUGCUCGGAGGACUUUCCUAGGAUCAUGGUUUUCCGUUGGUCCCUCUGAUCAGGUGAUGGGAGGGGCGAUGGGCUGUGUUGUAUAUGAACCUUUUCCUUCCUGGCUUUCUGACAACAGCGCUCAUUUUAGAUCAUGUUUCCUGGUCUCUACAAGAGCAGAACAUGGCAGUCGCAGCACACAGUAGCAGACGCCAGUCAUGUCCAGUAUUACAGUACGUACUAGUGCCGUUUUAGUGAGAGCGUAAUCUACCAGGCAACAGCGGCCUUGAACAAACCUGUUUGCUUCGUACAGACACCCCCAUAGACACUACCCAAUGGGAAACCCCCCUAGACUCACCUGUGGGUUACGUACGGAGAGUAAUAUGUGUGUAGCACCCCUUUACUUGUGAGCAUGUAGGGCUGCCGUGUGUUCCCAGUAACCAUUGAUUAUUCACUCAGUAUUCACUAACCAUCGACUCACUCACUGGUUCACCUCCCUCCUCUCUUCACUGUCCAUCAUCAGAGCAUUUGAAACUAGUAGACUGCUUGAACAGUAGGCUAUUUAACUCUCUUUAAUCUAUGUGUUUGUGAUGGUGUGUUUGAGUGAAUUCUGCUGUAACAAUGAGCUGUGGUGUUCUGUUCCGUUUACUCUCUCUCUCUCUCUCUCUCUCUCUCUCUCUCUCUCUCUCUCUCUCUGUCUCUCUCUCUGUGUGUCUCUCUGUCUCUCUCUCUGUGUGUCUCUCUGUCUCU